CACGACUAGUUAUAAAAAAAAAACCUGCUGCAUUGUGUGAGGUCAUUUUGGUACAAGAUUUUAAAACGGGUCUCGUGUGACGAUAACUCAAGCGACAUGUCUCGGUGCGGUUUGCUCCUUCCAGUCAUCUUUGUGACAAUUGCACUAGGCGUAGACGCAUUACGACCGGUCGAUGACAAUCCUUGCUAUCGAUCAUGCGAAUCGUCCUUCCCCAUGACCUGCGUUUAUAACUGGACCGUCACAUGGUACUAUGCCAUGUCACCACAGUGCGGUGAUGGUUCGGUGCGGUGUCCCACCAACGCGACGGCCUGCAGUAACCCAGGCUGCGUCUCGGUGGACGGGUUUCCGCGAGCAAUCAGUGUCAUCAACCAAGCUUUUCCCGGACCCAGUAUCCAGAUUUGUACCGGUGACGAGGUAGUGAUCAACGUGGACAACCAAAUGACCAACAACGAGGGCGUGACGAUCCACUGGCAUGGCCUCUUCCAGAACGGCAGCCAGUUCAUGGACGGCCUGCCUAUGGUGACACAGUGCCCCAUACCCUCCCCAGGAAAGUUCCAGUACAGGUUUACACCGUACGAGGCCGGCACUCACUGGUACCACGCCCACACGGGUCUGCAGCGCGGUGACGGCGUGGCCGGGUCGUUCGUCAUCAGGGAAUCAAGCCGAACCAAUCCCAACGCGGGCCUGUAUGACGAAGACCGGGCUGAAGAUGUCAUAUUCCUGAAUGACUGGCACCACGACAUCAUGGUCUCCAACUUCGAGAAGCAAAACAUCGGCGGCGGCAACGUAGGCGUCGAUUCCAUAUUGAUAAACGGUAAAGGCAUUCCGUUGAGUGGAUCUCCUCCAUUCGUUCCCAUAGAGGUGUUCAAUGUGCAGAGUGGGACCAGAUACAGAUUUCGGGUGAUCAACGGCGCCAACUUUUUCUGUAAUCUGCAGUUCUCGGUCCAAAGUCACAGGUUGUUGGUAAUCGCCGGGGACGGGUCCGCCCUGGAAUCUCAGGCGGUCGACUACUUCAGGAUUAACGGCGGCGAGCGGUACGACUUCGUGCUGAACGCAAACCAGAGCAUCGGUAACUACGCAGUACGGGUAGUGGGGCUGGGCUCGUGCGGCGAUGGUAUGCUUACGGGGAGACAGGUCGCCAGCCUCCACUACGAGACGGCCUCGACUGCGCCGAUGCCUCCCAGCCUGCCGAAUAUCGCCCAGGAGGGCACGCCGGACAUCUGGUGGAAGACUUUCCCUAACAAGUCGCUGGCUGAAGUGGACCACAACCUCAAGUCCGGACCAGUCUACAUGAACACAGGCUCAACACCCGAUGUCCAGCACUACAUCGAGACGAGUUUUGGCACCAGGGAGAGCCCCAUACCCAACCAGGGAGCCAAGUUUUUCCCCCAGCUCAACAACAUCUCCUACUUCUUCCCUACCUCACCCAUCAUGUCUCAAUUUGACGACCUUCCGAUGAGCUUGUUCUGCAACGCUAGCAGCUUCCAGACGGGCGAGUGCGAGGGGCUGACGCAGUGCGCAUGCGUGCACACCAUUCAAGUUGAACUUAACGCGCUAGUAGAGAUCGUUAUGGUGAAUCCGGAUUCGUUCAGAGUCCUACAUCCAAUGCACCUUCAUGGCCUUCAGUUUCAAGUGGUGGCCAUGGAACGCAUGUCCGACGCGACAGUGCAGUCCGUUAUGCAGCUCGACCAGAACGGUGAAAUUACCCGUAAUCUGAAUGGACCAUUCAAAGACGUCGUGGUGGUACCCGACGGGGGCUAUACCAUCUUCAGGUUCCGGGCCUGGAACCCGGGAUGGUGGAUCUUCCAUUGUCACAUCGAGUUCCAUCUCGAGGAUGGUAUGGCACUCUUGUUCUGGAUGGGCCACACUCAGGAUUUCCAGGCCAUCCCAGCGGGCUUCCCUACCUGUGGUGUCUUCCCACCAGCUACCGACCCAGCCACGGUCCCUCCCCCGCUGCCCCGGGCCGACGACCCGCAAAAACUGGACACCUAUCACCUGGCCUGGAUCGUUCCCGUGACGUUCCUGAUAGCCGUGGCGAUAGGGCUGCUCCUGGGCUGCUUGUGCCGCCGUGGCGCCUCGCCCGCCUCAGUGGAUCCGGGACCAGGGACGGCCGAAUACUCGGCACAGAGUGGUGCCGUCGGCGUCCAGACGGCCGCAGUGUCGACUUAAAACGCUUUUCACAUGUUGCUUUCGGUAUAUAAUAGGUUGACCGGAAAAGUUUAAAACUGAAAUCGAUUUUUUUGGGGGGAUACCUACGCACACUAAUGUACAUAAUUGCAAACGUCUAAGAUUUAUGUUGGUGGAUUCUUUUUCUAGUUUUUCCCCACUUUCAUAUAAUUGAAUAAUUUUACUUCGGGAGCGGGAAUGGGCAUCUCCAAAACUCGUUGUAGAAAAAAAGAAAUAAAAGUACUAUCAUAAAAAUGUUGAAUUUACGAUUCAUUUCCGUUUUUUAAAUCCAUAACAAUUUCGCUUAAAUUAAAGUGUCAUUGUACAUUUUUUUUUAACAUUCUGCAAAAAAUACAAAUGUUUAACUGUAAAAAAAAUUAAUUGU